AAGAAGCUCAAGAAGAUGGAGGAUGAAGAUGGCUAUAUGAGUAUAGACCCAGCCAGAAGGGAUGUGUACCUAUCACCUCCACAGGAGACCAAAGAUCUUCCCUCAAACCUUCUCUGGUGGAAAAUCGGCCUCGGCGUUUCACUGGCAGGAUUUGUCGCUCUGACUGUGGUUCUGAUUGUGCUCAGUCUCUCAGGUGUCCAGGAUUCCUUGCAGAUGGACUCGCAUCCAGUGCUGUUCCCUGCACGUUUAUGUGGCUCAAAAAACAGCAGUGUCCUACAAAGUCUCUAUCAGCUCCCAAAAUACAAUUCAUGCACAUCAAAUGAGGCCUCAUGUGCAAGUGUUCCUUCUGAAAUCUGCAUAGAGAUUCCAAAAAGCCCCCUGAGUGUUGUGGCAAACGAGACAGCCAUAAUUCCAAUCAAAAUUCAACUCCCAAAGCCUGAUUGGGAUUUCAUUGAGGUUCUUUGGCACCAUACCCAGGGAACACCAGAAGACUUAAUUCUGAAAUACAGCCUGAGGUCCUGCAGUCCGAAGAGCAAACCACAGCUGUGGUAUAAGCGUGAAUGCCACCUCUUUUUAGAGAUUAUGCCAGCCCACCGGUGGAAGAUGUCAGCCAUGAUGAACGCUUGGUUAAUCAUCUGGAAUAUAGAGGCAAAACAUGCUGGAAGAUAUCAAGUGACAGUCAAAUCCAACAACAUGAAAGAGGCAUGUAGCUUUGUGGAACUGAAAGUGACAGAAGCAGCAAAGACAUGAGAAUGGAUGGAGAGAACCAGAUGGACGGAAGCAACAACGACUUCCUUUUCUUCAGUAUCUUUUCUUUGGUAUCUGUUCACAAAAUUUAACCGAAGACAAGCAUCUUCACAGAGCAGAGAAGAGAGAAGCGCCACAGUGGGAGAGUGACUGAUGAUCUUGAGUUGGACUUUGACAUGGCAGCUGAGCUCAAGAAGAGCCAUUCAUCUCUCUCUCUCUCUCUCUCUCUCUCUCUCUCUCUCUCUCUCUCUCUCUUUGGAUGGCUUCUUUUCAGUAUGUUGCUGUUGUUACAAUGUGAGGCCCCUCUAGAAAGGCAACACAUGUAAGUUCCCAAAAUAAAGCAACAAUCUCUUCCCUUAUCAUCCUGAGCCUCAAUUCGUUUCCUGCUUAAAAUAACCCAGAAGUGAUAAGAAAUGACGGUAUUUACUCAAAAGGAAGGUGGUCCUGAAUGUACGACAAGCUCCUAAAAAUGAUAUACACAUUUUUUUUCUUUCUGGACAUAACUGUAACUUUACAAGACAGCUACUCCACCUUUUGAUGGCAUAUCAAGGGGGGUGGAAUCUAGGCUUGCAUUCGAGUAAAAUUGUAGAUGGCCAGGGUAAAACAUGAUAAACACUGUAUAGGACUUGGGUUGAAGAGAGGCUCAAAAUAUACCCAAUGAUUUUGAACUGAGUACUUGAAUGGACAGGGCUGCAGAAGUGGAAGAAACCAGCUCUCCUGGUUUCUUAGGGCUUGGAGCAUGGUUUAGAUACUCCUGUUGGCUAAUAUUGCCUGUAUAUGCAAAGAGAGAGAUUAAAAAACGAUGAACUGGAAAAAAACAGGCCUUUUAAAAGGUUUUGGAAUGGCAAAAUAACGUACAACUAUAUUGUUAAGAGUUAUAAUUUAUUAUUGCGUUAUGUUUUUACAAAUCUGUACGUUUUAUUAUUGUUCUUUCUUAAUAAAAAGAAAAACAUUCAACCGA